UCGUCAUCCGCAACUACGGCCCCGCCGUCUGGGAGGACAUCAAGAAGGAGGCACAGCUGGAUGAAGAAGGACAGUUUCUGGUUAGAAUAAUUUAUGAUGAUUCCAAAACAUAUGAUCUGGUUGCAGCUGCAAGCAAGGUUCUUAAUCUGAAUGCUGGGGAGAUUCUUCAGAUGUUUGGGAAGAUGUUUUUUGUGUUUUGUCAAGAGUCCGGUUAUGAUACAAUUCUGCGUGUCUUGGGCUCAAAUGUCAGAGAGUUUUUGCAGAAUCUGGAUGCUUUGCAUGACCACCUUGCUACUAUUUACCCGGGUAUGCGAGCCCCUUCCUUUAGAUGCACUGAUGCGGAGAAGGGGAAGGGACUCAUUCUACAUUACUAUUCAGAAAGAGAAGGGCUCCAGGAUAUUGUCAUUGGAAUCAUCAAAACAGUAGCUCAACAGAUCCACGGUACAGAAAUAGAUAUGAAGGUUAUUCAACAGAGAAAUGAGGAAUGUGACCACAUUCAGUUUUUAAUUGAAGAGAAAGAGUCUAAAGAAGAGGACUACUAUGAAGACCUUGACAGAUUUGAAGAAAAUGGUACCCAAGAGUCUCGCAUCAGUCCCUAUACUUUCUGCAAGGCCUUUCCUUUCCACAUAAUAUUUGACAGAGAUCUGGUGGUCACACAGUGUGGCAAUGCUAUAUACAGAGUCCUUCCACAGCUCCAGCCAGGAAACUGCAGUUUGUUGUCAGUUUUUUCUUUAGUCCGACCUCACAUUGAUAUUAGCUUCCAUGGGAUCCUCUCACAUAUCAAUACAGUCUUUGUACUGAGGACCAAGGAGGGGCUGUUGGAUGUGGAAAAGCUGGAGUGUGAAGAUGAAUUGACUGGCACAGAAAUUAGCUGCUUACGUCUGAAAGGGCAAAUGAUCUACUUGCCUGAGGCAGACAGCAUUCUCUUUCUUUGUUCACCAAGUGUCAUGAACUUGGAUGAUUUAACCAGAAGAGGUUUAUAUCUGAGUGAUAUUCCACUGCAUGAUGCUACCCGUGAUCUGGUUCUUCUGGGAGAACAGUUCAGAGAGGAAUAUAAACUGACUCAAGAGCUUGAGAUCCUCACUGACAGAUUGCAGCACACGCUGCGUGCACUAGAAGAUGAAAAGAAAAAGACUGACACAUUACUGUACUCUGUUCUACCACCAUCAGUGGCAAAUGAGCUGAGACAUAAGCGUCCUGUUCCAGCUAAGCGGUAUGACAAUGUGACCAUUCUUUUCAGUGGCAUUGUUGGAUUCAAUGCCUUCUGUAGUAAACAUGCCUCUGGAGAGGGAGCUAUGAAGAUUGUCAAUCUUUUAAAUGAUCUUUACACAAGAUUUGAUAUUCUGACUGAUUCACGAAGGAAUCCGUUUGUUUAUAAGGUGGAAACAGUCGGGGACAAGUACAUGACAGUGAGUGGCCUACCAGAGCCUUGCAUUCAUCAUGCACGAUCUAUCUGCCACCUGGCAUUGGAUAUGAUGGAAAUAGCAGGCCAAGUGCAAGUAGAUGGUGAGCCUGUGCAGAUAACAAUAGGAAUCCAUACUGGUGAGGUAGUCACAGGUGUUAUAGGCCAAAGGAUGCCACGUUACUGCCUCUUUGGAAAUACUGUCAAUCUAACAAGCAGAACAGAAACUACUGGAGAAAAGGGAAAGAUCAAUGUCUCUGAAUAUACUUACAGGUGUCUUAUGACACCAGAAAAUUCAGAUCCUCAAUUCCACCUGGAGUACAGGGGUCCAGUUUCUAUGAAGGGCAAAAAAGAACCAAUGCAGGUUUGGUUUUUGUCCAGAAAGAAUACAGAGACAGAGGAAACAAAGCAAGAUGCUUUCUGAUCUGAGGGAAGAGGAAGAGGACGCUGGAUAGGGUGCAGUGCUGUCUCCAAAUAGGGU